AAGUCGUGUUUGAGCUUCCACAGUCACCAUGUGGAAAUUAAGGUUUUCCGACGACGAAGACGACGGCCACAAUCGAUGGCUGACCACCGUCAACCGCCACGCCGGAAGGCAGUUCUGGGAAUUCCACCCAACGCCGCCCUCUCCCCGCCACAACGCCGCCGUCGAGCAGGCCCGCCGGAACUUCCAGGCCAGCCGCCGUAGCAUCCGUCAAAGCUCCGAUCUACUCAUGCGGAUACAGUUUGCCGAAAAAAAUGAGGUUUUCUGGCAUCCUGGUCGAAGUUACGACGGCAACGGCAACGGCGACGACGACGGCGACGGCGAUGGCGAUGGCGAUGGCGACGAAAGAGUGGUGAAUGUGUUGAGAAAGGGCAUGAGAUUCUACUCAAGUCUCCAGGCUGACGAUGGACAUUGGCCGGGUGACUAUGCUGGCCCUCUAUUUCUCAUACCACCUCUUAUAAUAGCAUUAUUUAUAAUGGAUAGUUUAAGCUCAACCUUGUCGGAGGAGUGUCGCCGGGAGAUACGCCGGUACCUAUACAAUCAUCAGAACGAAGACGGCGGAUGGGGCUUGCACAUCGAGGGACAUAGCACCAUGUUCGGUACUGUGCUAAAUUACGUCGCACUAAGGCUUCUAGGCGAAGAGGUCGAUGGACAAAUCGACGGGGCUAUGAGCCGAGCCAGAUCAUGGAUUCUCGAUCACGGGGGCGCUACUUAUAUCCCAUCAUGGGGAAAAUGCUGGCUCUCGGAUGUUGUUUUAUCGCAAGUAAAGCUGCUCGGCGUGUACGAAUGGGACGGGAAUAAUCCUUUGCCUCCAGAGUUGUGGCUUCUCCCUUAUAUGCUUCCUAUUCAUCCAGGUCGUAUGUGGUGUCAUAGCCGGCUCGUGUACCUCCCGAUGUCGUAUUUAUACGGUAAGAGAUUCGUAGCCCCGAUCAAUGCCACCGUGAUCUCCCUCCGGAGAGAGCUCUAUAUUCAACCUUACCGUAAGAUCGAUUGGGAUUCGGCCAGAACACAAUGUUCCAAGGAGGACUUACGCUACCCUCAUUCGCGCUUACAAGACGUCCUUUGGAAAUGCUUGCACGAAUUUGGCGAACCUCUUUUCAAGCGACGGCCAUUCUCAAAGCUUAGAGAUCGAGCUCUAGGCACGGUGAUGGACCAUAUCCGGUACGAGGAUGUCAACACCAACUACCUUUGCCUAGGAUCCGUAAACAAGUUACUCAACAUGCUCUGUUGUUGGAUCGACGACGCGAACUCCAUAUCGGUAAAACGACACCUUUCAAGAAUAAAGGACUAUCUAUGGCUGGCCGAAGACGGCAUGAAGAUGCAAGGAUACAACGGGACUCAGCUGUGGGACGUUGUUUUAACUGUCCAAGCAAUGCUCGCUACUAAUCUGCAAAACAAAUAUGGCCCGGUGAUCGAACGGGCUCAUAACUUCAUCAAAAGAUCACAAAUCAAAGAGGACAGUACUGGGAAUCCGAGCUCUUGGUAUCGCCACAGAUCGAAAGGCGGAUGGCCCUUUUCGACAGCAGACCACGGCUGGGCUGUCCCCGACUGCACGGCUGAAGGCCUCAAGGCAGCGCUUCUUCUGUCGCAGUUGCCAACCGAGAUUGCCGGAAAAGCAUUACCACUGGAUAGGCUGCACGACGCAGUCGACUUGCUUUUGUCGUUUCAGAAUAGCAGUGGAGGAUUUGCGUCGUUCGAGCUCACAAGAUCCUACGCUUGGUUGGAGAUGAUCAAUCCUGUGGAGAUUUUCGGGGACAUCAUGAUCGACUACCAGUAUGUCGAGUGCACAUCUGCAGCCAUUCAAGGCUUGAGGCUAUUCAACAAGCUGCAUCCGGGAUAUCGCAUGAAGGAUAUUGCAGUGUGCAUCAAGAACGCUAUCGAAUUCAUCGAAAGCAUUCAACUAUCCGACGGCUCAUGGUACGGAUCGUGGGGCGUGUGCUACACCUAUGGGACAUGGUUCGGGAUAAAAGGGCUGAUCGCAGGCGGGAAGACGUUUGGAAACAGCUUCCACGUGCGAAAAGCUUGUGAGUUUCUUUUAUCCAAGCAACUCCCUAACGGGGGAUGGGGCGAGAGCUUCCUCUCGAGCCAAGAUAAGGUGUACACAAACUUGCCAAACUGCAAAGCUCACAUUGUGCAAACUGGAUGGGCAAUGUUGGCGCUCAUCGAAGCAGGGCAAGCAGAGAGGGAUGCAAAUCCGCUGCACCGAGCUGCUAAAGUGUUGAUCCAUGCUCAAAUGGAGAACGGAGACUUUCCACAGCAGGAAAAUGUCGGCGCGUUCAACAAGACCUGCACGAUCAGUUACUCGGCUUACAGAAACAUUUUCCCGAUUUGGGCGCUCGGAGAAUAUCUCAACAAAGUGUUGCGAGGCAGAGAGAACAGAAGCUAAAACAGAGGAAUCAUCGCAG